UCACUCGCCGACACCUCCGUGAGCAAGCAACCAAACUUUUGAUCAGAACUGACAAGAUGCCUGCUGCGCACUCACAUCAUGCGUCGAAGGCGAUCUGACGAGCUCCCUCGGUACACGAGGGACAACGACGCGCAACCCUUUCGCUUCCACCGCCGAUACGCCUACUACCUGUGCGGCUUCCUUUUCGUCUGCUGGUUCCUCUACCCUUCAUCAGGUCGAGCGUCCACAAACGGCGUGACCAAUUGGUCCAACUACGCGUACAGCUUGUAUGCGACCGACAGCGCGACGCUCUGCCAUGCCCUUCUCCUCUUCGACGCGCUCGCCAGGCUCGGCAGCAAGGCAGACCGCGUCCUCUUCUACCCCCAGUACUGGGACACGGAAGUGACGAGCGCCAGAGACCGCGACAGCCAGCUGCUCGUCCUGGCGCGCGACAAGUACAACGUCAAGCUGCACCCAGUCAAGCUUAUGACCGUCGAGGGUCGCACCAAAGAUGAAUGGACAGGGACAUGGGAUAAGUCAGUCACGAAGUUUAUGGCAUUCUCGCUCGCGUACUACGACCGUGUCAUUGCGAUCGACUCGGACGUCAUGCUCCUGAAGCCCCUCGACGAGCUCUUCCUCCUCCCGCAGACGCCCAUGGCCAUGCCCCGCGCAUACUGGGCCGACAGCAAGCCGUGGCCGCUCACAUCGAUGCUUAUGGUCAUCAAGCCUGACUUGGACGAAUUCGAGCGGUUCAAGAAGACAAUCGGGGGAGGCGGCAACAGCGAGCUUGUCAGCGUGCACAGAUUCGAUAUGGAGCUCGUGAAUGAGCGGUUUGAGGAGAGCGCUCUGGUGCUUCCACACCGCCCGUAUGCUCUGUUGACAGGCGAGUUCAGGAAGCACGAUCACAGUGCCUACCUUGGAAACAGCUAUGAGAAGUGGGACGCUGAGAAGGUCUACAGCGAAGCCAAGCUCGUUCAUUUCAGCGACUGGCCGCUGCCCAAGCCCUGGAUCAUGUGGCCUACAGAGGGCCUGGAGGAGAUGCAGCCUGACUGCGGUGGGAGUCAGACGGGAAGCUGCGCAGAGAGGAAGAUCUGGAAGCAUCUGUACGAUGACUUCAGGAUGAGAAGACGAGAUGUAUGUAAACUGCUGAGUGUGCCUGCGCCAGACUGGUGGACCAUCAAGCAUGCAAAGCGUCCGGGGAACGCUACCGACGGCACCGAGCAUGCUGCGCCUCCAGCUGAUGGACCUAUUCUCGGUGGCAGCAGCGGGCAACCUUGAAUCGAGCGGUGUACACACUGUCC